AGCUCAAUGCGUACACUUUGGCCUUUGAUAUCGAUUAAGCGUAAGGAGGCGCGCGAUGCAUCACACUAACUACUAACUAUUCAAUUGUCGCUCCCACGGGCCACUCGUCACCGGUCUGCCAACUUUCGCACACGUCCAGUCGGGAGAUUUUUAAAAUAACAAGUGAAAGUGUUUCAGAAUAACCGUGACGGUUGCAAAAAUGCGCGCGAAAAUUUCGCUAACUCUCUCGCGUAUGUCUAUGUCUGGUGCUGUGAUAUUGUGGUGAUAUGCUGGCAAAGAAACUUAUGGAGAUAUUGAAAAGGAGCGCGCGUUUCGCGCGGAGCGCGUGCGGCGCGUGUGGGGCGGGGCGCGCGCGCACCAUGCUCGCCACCAUCAAGAGCUGCUGGAAGGUGUGGCGGUAUGGCGACCUUUACAUGGUACUGGCAGCACUGGCAGCGCAGUCCAUCAACAUAUCGGUGGGGUUCUGCCAAGGCUUCUCUGCGGUCUUGCUGCCUCAGUACACGCAUGAGCACCCCAACAUCACGUACGAGCAGAGUUCAUGGAUUGCAAGCCUGGGCGUAAUCUCCAACCCGAUUGGGGCGCUUCUCGGUGGCAUGAUGGUGGAUGCUGUCGGUCGAAGGUUGCUGCUCCAGUCCAUAGUGCUGCCUAAUCUGGUGGGCUGGCUGGUCAUCGCCUUCUCGGAGACUUACGUCUUCCUCUGUGUGGGCCGGUUCAUCACCGGCUUUACCAUUGGCAUGUCAACAGCCUCCUACAUCUACGUGGCCGAGAUCACGACGCCUGAGAAACGGGGCGUCCUCAGCGCGCUAGGUCCAGGCCUGGUGUCCACUGGCAUCUUCGUUAUUUACUCGCUAGGGUCCUUCGUGCACUGGCGGAAGGUCGCCGCCAUAUGCGCUGGUGUCUCACUCCUAACUCCCUUCUUAAUGUACUUCGUUCCUGUCCCGCUCUGGCUAGCUUCAAAAGGACAGAUGAAAGAAGCAUACAACUCCAUGUUCUGGCUAAGACAGAACAACAGCACAGCGCAGCAGGAGUUAAUGGAGUUCACUAAAGACAGAAAAAACGACAGUUUGACCUUCAGACAGAAGCUUGGACUAUUCAAGCGGAGAAGCGUGUUGAAACCAUUCUGUCUCCUGAUAGUCUUCUUUAUGUUCCAAGAGAUGUCCGGCAUUUACGUGAUAUUAUACUAUGCUGUAGAUUUCUUCCACUCUGUCGAUACCAGUGUGAAUGCGUUCACAGCUUCGAUCAUAGUGGGCGGAGUACGAGUAUUCAUGGGAGCCGUGGGUGCUUGUUUAAUAAACAGCUUUAGAAGAAAAACUUUAGCAGCAACAUCGGGGUUAUUAUUAGGAGUAACUAUGCUUGGGGCCGCCGUGUGUGACACCGUAAAUGGUCCCCCGUUGUUGAAGCUAGCGUGCGUGCUUCUACACGUAUCAUUCAGUAUGGUUGGUUUUCUCCAACUCCCUUGGAUAAUGUCUGGAGAACUGUACCCUCAGGAUAUUAGAGGGGUCAUGUCAGGGGCAACAGCCUGCUGUGCGUACGUUCUUAUUUUCUUUAACAUAAAAACAUACCCUCAGUUGGAGAAUGUAUUAACCAGUAACGGUACUUUGUACUUGUUUGGGUUUUGCGCGCUGCUGGGAGCGUCGUACUGCUUACUGUUCCUUCCGGAGACAAAAGGAAAGUCGUUGACUGAAAUUAUGAAGCAAUUUGAUGAGGAAAAGAAGGAGAUAGAUCCUGAAGUUGGUAAAAACUACAGUAUUGAAGGGCGGCAAGUGCAGAGGAGGCACAGUGCCGGUGCAUCAGUAUCUUUAGAAAAGAAUAAGGAGAUCUUCGCCCCGCGAUGGAUUCACAGAGACGAUGAAAAAAUCCCGGGCCAUCAGGAGUAAAACAUGCCUUUGCAAAUGGUGGUGCUUACGUCCAAAGUUUAGCAACUAUAGUUACCAAAAUGAACAAUUUUACCAUUAUGAAUGUUAUUUGAUCAGUAUUAUAGGUAUUUCGAGUGAUUUUAACUAUUACAUUCCAUAGGCUAGGUUUUGUACUCGGUGACGAUAUUUAAAUGUAACCUUAAUGUUUGUCUAGUUUUAAGAAAAUGUUACCAGUCCAGUCCAGCGCUGGAGCGACUUUAUUAAUUUUAUGAGUAUUUUUAAGUGAUUAUU